GCUAAAUCUCCGGGAAAUGACAUCGACCGGACGGAUAUAUACCGCUGGGUUAGCACCAACGUCUGCCAGAAGCUCUGACGUACAUCCGUUGCUCCUUGCUUCGUUCUUUUAUUUGGUGAUAUUGAUAAAAUCACUCGUUACUUGACACUUCUCAUUAUCAUUCAGUCAUUUCCUCCAUGGAAUCGCAGCAAAGUUGUAUAUCGCCAUUGGGGAUCAAUGAAUGGCCCUUCAAUACAAGAGUUCCAGAUCUUGACUCGCCCACCUCGACCUCAGCGAGUAUAGAUAGCCAGGACGGUCUAUGGCUGUCAUACGGCACUGCAAAAUAUGAUAAUAUCACCACAGGUUUCACGGACCUGAUUCCACCAGAAGCCAUUCCAUCACCACCAUUUACCCCUGUUAAUCCACUUUUGUGGCGCGGAGGGUAUGCACCUGUACCGACGCCAGGGCAGACUCACCCUCUUCCCAACCACCUUGGGAUCUAUACAACCACGAGCUACAUCUACAGCGAGAUUCCAACCCAUCCAAGACAGCCCCAACGUAUACUACAUACCGGAUCUUUCCAACCCCGCCCUCCGCUCUGGAAACAGCCCCUCAAACCAAACUUCAAGCUCGGCUCUCACCUACCCCGAAUCAAGCCGCUGGAAUACAAAUGCAAGCAACCCGGCUGCCACGGACGCUUUAAACGACAAGAACACGUAACGAGACACAUGAAGAGCCAUCUGAAUGAAAAGGCAUACGUGUGCUGGGUGCCAAGUUGCGGCCGGGCUUUCUCAAGAGGCGAUAAUCUCAGUGCCCAUUCCAAAACUCACAGCAAGCGCUCCGGUCGCAAUCGAUAUGUGUCGACCCUGGAUGAGACCAGCCCUGACUAUGAUCCGGGUUAUAGGGGGGAUUUAACGCCGGACGGGCGCCCUGUUUGUGCGUCUAUGUUGGAAGGGGUUGUUCCUGGGGAUGUACAAUUGGAUUAGGUGGGAAGCAUGGCUUAUACAAUGUAAUAUCUAAUAUCUAAGUUAGUAUACUAUUCUAUCGUGUCUGCUCCCCGGAUUACUCUUGCUCUUUCUGUAAACACCACUUAGUGUACAUACUGAUUUCUACAACUCGCACUCAUAUUUCUCAACGAUAUCCGCCAGACGCAGGCUGACCCA